UGGAUCAGUGUACAAGAGUGAACGCGUCGCGUCGUAGUUGUUUGAGUUGUGCUAUCUUCCGAGUGUGCGCACACUCAGUUUCAUACAGUGGAAGGCAUUUCCCCAUACUUGACAAACAAAAAAUAUUGUUUUGCUAGAAGACCAGAAAAAAAGGAGGACCAGCCAGACUGACAGGCAGUCAGUUAGUCAGAGAGCCAUACAAACAGACAGCCAGUUAGCAGCAGAGCCAGCAAACAAGUGGUGGCAUACCAACCGAAGCGACCGACUGACGCUCGUGCAACCAAACAAGGGCUACAAAACGAAAAUUUUUUAUAGAAAGUUUCCUCUGUGUGUUUGUUACCUCAACAAGUUUCUCGUAUAUUCCAUUAGCGAUGACAGAUGUGGAAAGUCCACAGCAGCAGCAGCAGCUUCAAGAUCAAGACGAGAUAAAGAAACUCUGCUUUGAGGGCGCUUGGGCUUGGAUUAUUGAGAUUGUCUUCUGGUGUUUGGUGGCAGCCCUGAUUAUGUAUCUGCUCAGGCGGCUUGUCGAGGGUCCCAUCUAUCGCAAACCCAAUCGUAUCGAUGGCAAAGUGGUCAUAGUCACUGGCUGCAAUACGGGCAUCGGCAAAGAAACAGCCAUGGAGCUGGCCAGGCGUGGAGCUCGCCUCUACAUGGCCUGCCGAGAUGCAGCACGUUGCGAGGCCGCCCGUUUGGAGAUAAUUGAGAAGACACAAAACACCAACAUAUUCAAUCGCACCCUGGAUUUAUCUUCGUUGUCUUCAGUGCGCCAGUUUGCCGAGAGAUUCAAGGCAGAAGAAUCAAAACUGGAUAUUCUGGUUAACAAUGCUGGCGUAAUGGCCACUCCGCGCAAACUCACCGCCGAUGGUUUUGAGCAGCAGAUGGGCAUCAAUCACUUGGGGCACUUCUUGUUGACCAACCUAUUGGUGGAUCAUCUCAAGUCAGCCGCACCUAGUCGCGUUGUGGUUCUCAGCUCCGCGGCCUAUAUCUUUGGACGCAUCAAUCAACAGGAUUUGAUGAGUGAGAAAAACUAUUCGAAAUUCAUGGGAGCAUAUGCCCAAAGUAAGCUGUCCAAUAUUUUGUUUACCCGCAAACUGGCGGAAAAUCUUAAAGACUCCAAAGUGACUGUAAACUGCGCCCACCCCGGCAUUGUGCGCACUGAGCUGAUGCGCUACAAUAGUUGCCCUAAAACCUGGAAUGUUAUCAAAACCAUUAUAAAUGUCUUCAUUCGGUCUCCCAAGGCGGGAGCACAAACACCGAUAUUUUUGGCUUUGGAUCCCAAAUUGGAAUGUGUCUCCGGUGGUUUCUACUACAACAUGCUACGAUUCCCAGUGUUGCCCAAGGCCAAAGAUGCUGAGAUGGCCGAUUGGCUGUGGCAGGAAAGUGAAAAAUUAGUGGGACUGAAACAGUCCAUAACACCACCCAUGAAAAAGAAGGAGGAAGAAAAGAACUCUGAAAUGGAAACGGUUAAAGUGGUGGCAAGAGAUGAAUGACCCGAAUUUCAGUGAAUAUUUUUAAUUUUAAU